AACCUCACCCGUCUCAGCUCCUGCCUGGAGGAGAUCAAGGCAUGGAUGAGUCAAAACUUCCUGCAGCUAAAUGGCUCAAAAACAGAAGCCAUCCAAACUGGAACCUCAAAUCAAUUACGCUCCUUCCCCAUCACCUCUGUUUCAUUCUUUGGCCACACCAUUACCCUCUCUCCCUCUGUUACCAAUCUGGGGGUUAAGUUUAACCCCCAGCUCUCCUUUGAUGCUCAUGUUACUUCCAUAUGCAAAACUUCAUUUUUUCACCUACAAAAUAUUUCCAGACUGCGCCCCUCCCUUUCCAUCCCUGCUGCAGAGAAGCUUGUCCAUGCCUUUGUCUCCUCCAGGUUGGACUACUGUAACACAUUCCUCAUUGGGAUCCCUGGCAGGAGCCUUCAAAAGCUCCAAUAUGUUCAAAACAGUGCUGCCAGGAUCCUGAUGAGGGUGCGGAAAGAUGAGCACAUCACCCCCAUCCUCCACACCCUCCACUGGCUCCCUAUUCACCUUCGUAUAGAAUACAAGAUCUUUCUGCACACCCAUCACUGUCUGCACGGUGCGGCCCCCACUUACCUCACCGAACUGCUCACACCACAAACAUCAACCCGGACCCGGUCAGGCCAACAGCACCGUUUGCUCCCGCCCAGGACACGGCUUAAAACUAUGGGCGACAGAGCCUUUGAGGCCGCAGCUCCCUGUCUGUGGAAUGCUCUCCCGGACCACCUCAGGGCUCCACAGACGGUGGAUGCUUUUAAGAAAGGACUUAAAACCUUCCUUUUUAGAAAAGCAUAUAUGGACUGACACUGCCC